AUGAAACCUCACCAUUUGAAUGACUCCCAGAGUAAGUCUUCAAGUUUCAAAUGGUUGGCAACGUCUUUUGUAAAUGAUUAUUCUGGAGAACAAACGCGUUAUUUCAGUUUAUCAGCAUCGAACGAUCUAGUAAAAGCUGAGACUUGUCAACCAAGGAACUUGUCAUUUCUUAUCGACAAACCAAAACACCGAACAGCACUCAUCAGCUUUCCUGGAUCUGGUAACACCUGGAUGAGACAUCUGAUACAGGAGCUUACAGGUUUCUACACAGGAAGUGUAUACCAGGAUAAAGGUCUCGCAGAGAACGGGUUUCCGGGAGAAUUAGUGCCUGUCAUCGACUCGACUAGACAUUGUAUAGUGUACAAAACUCACUUAGCCACCAAACAAACCCUGAAGCUUUUCACCAAAGCAAUAAUCAUUAUAAGAAAUCCGUUGCAUGCGAUUAAAUCCUUUUUCAACUAUGAAUAUGCUACAAAGGGAAAUUCAGCGAAAAGGCAACGCCUAGAAAAUGGAGACCGAAGGGUCAAGGAUCUGAUAUCCUCUAAUAAGACGAAGUCAAGAAGCAAGCAUGUAGACCAUGCGAAUACGUCCUUAUUUCACACUAGAAAAUGGAGUGACUUUGUGGAUGACCGGCUAAGGCGCUGGAGGAGGAAAAACGUAUUUUGGUUGGAGAAAUUUCAACAUAACAGCAUAGUUGUUUUGUAUGAAUCUUUGAAAGGCAAUAAUUCUGCAGAAUUGUUAAGAAUAGGAGAGUUCCUUGGAGUACAGGUAAAACCCAAAGACUUAUUGUGUACUAUAGUAAACAAGGAGGGACAAUUUCACCGCCAAGCACGGAACAAGACGGCUUCUAGCGUUGUCAGCCUGUAUACGUCAAAACAAAAGGAAGAAAUCCGAAAAUCUGUCUGUGAGGUUUCACACGUCGCCAAGAGUUUAAGCAUUGAUUUAGAUAUAUCGCAGUAUCUGGUGAAAUUAUCGAAAAAGAACGAUACACACUGCUAA